CAGUGUUUUGAGCACGGCUGCAACGGUCAAAUAUUCUCGUCUCGCGAGAAUUACCUCCGGCAUGUCCGCGAAAAGAGCGGAAAGGGCGCGGCACAAUGCUUGAUGUGCGGGAUGAUUUUCACACGCCGCAGCAACCGCGAUAGCCAUGUCUUGCAAGGAAAGUGU